CCGGGUUACGCGCCGACGUCUGGCUGCCACGACUCGCCGUGGCGGCGGCGGCGGCGGCGGCGGCGGCGAGCGGAUCCCGCUGGGGAAGGAGAAGGAGAGAGGGAGAGAGAGAGAGCCGGAGGGGCUGUGAGUGAGCGGGAGGAGCCGGGUGUCAGCCCGGCCUGCCCGCGGGAGCGAGACCCAGAGCGAGCGAGCGAGCGAGGCCCGAGCCCGCCGCGCGGCCGCCGCCUCCGCCUCCUCCCCUCCCCUCCCCUCGCGGCCCGCCCCCGCCCGCAGCCCGCCCUCGUCGCGGCUCAGCCCGGAGAGCCCGAGCGAGGCGCCGUUCGGCUCGCGCCGCCGUCCAGAACAGGUGUGCGCGCGCGCCUCCCCCUCCCUCCUCCUCGCGCCCGCCUCGCGCGCGCCGGCUUCCCUCCCUCCAGCCCGCGCCCUCCCUCACCUGCGGCAGGACAGCGCCCGCCAGCCCGCCCGCCCUGAUCUCGCGAGAGUGGCUGACUGGCUGUGGGGGUUGCGGCGGCAGCAGGCGGAGCCGGGGAGGGAAAGCAGCGGCGGCUGAGGCGACUGAGGCGGCGGGCGGAGCGGCAGGCGGCGGCGCGGCGGCGGAGCGCAGCAUCAUGGCGGACCGAGACAGUGGCAGCGAGCAGGGUGGUGCGGCGCUGGGCUCGGGCGGCUCCCUAGGGCACCCGGGCUCGGGCUCAGGCUCCGGCGGGGGCGGUGGUGGCGGCGGGGGCGGCGGCGGCAGUGGCGGCGGCGGCGGGGCCCCGGGGGGGCUGCAGCACGAGACGCAGGAGCUGGCCUCCAAGCGGGUGGACAUCCAGAACAAGCGUUUCUACCUGGACGUGAAGCAGAACGCUAAGGGCCGUUUCCUCAAGAUCGCUGAGGUGGGCGCUGGCGGCAACAAGAGCCGCCUCACCCUCUCCAUGUCUGUGGCAGUGGAGUUCCGCGACUACCUGGGCGACUUCAUCGAGCACUACGCGCAGCUGGGCCCCAGCCAGCCGCCCGACCUGGCCCAGGCACAGGACGAGCCACGCCGGGCGCUCAAGAGCGAGUUCCUGGUGCGCGAAAACCGCAAGUACUACAUGGAUCUCAAGGAGAACCAGCGCGGCCGCUUCCUGCGCAUCCGCCAGACAGUCAACCGGGGGCCCGGCCUGGGCUCCACGCAGGGCCAGACCAUUGCGCUGCCCGCACAGGGGCUCAUCGAGUUCCGUGACGCUCUGGCCAAGCUCAUCGACGACUAUGGAGUGGAGGAGGAGCCGGCCGAGCUGCCCGAGGGCACCUCCUUGACUGUGGACAACAAGCGCUUCUUCUUCGAUGUGGGCUCCAACAAGUACGGCGUGUUUAUGCGUGUCAGUGAGGUGAAGCCCACCUACCGCAACUCCAUCACCGUGCCCUACAAGGUGUGGGCCAAGUUCGGACACACCUUCUGCAAGUACUCGGAGGAGAUGAAGAAGAUUCAAGAGAAGCAGAGGGAGAAGCGGGCCGCUUGUGAGCAGCUCCACCAGCAGCAGCAACAGCAGCAGGAGGAGACCACCGCUGCCACCCUGCUACUGCAGGGUGAGGAAGAAGGGGAAGAAGAUUGAUCAAACUGAAUGAAACACACACACACACACACACGCAUACACGUACGUGUACACACACACACACACAGCCACACACAGAGAGAAAAUAUACUGUAAAGAGAGAAAAUAAAAAGUUAAAAAGUUUAAAAAAAAAACUUAAACUCCAAGGGAGCACCACCCACAGAACCUCCACCAACUGACAGUUUCUCUUCUUGACUUGCCACCCAUCGCUGGAUGUUGUCCACUUUAUCCACCAUGUAAAACAGUAAGCAGCUGCUAAAAACAAAAAAAUAUACAAAAAGUAAUAACAUUAUAUGAACUGUGUUUCCUACUUGAUUAAAAAAUAUAAAGAACUGAGUGUUUAUUUCCCUAAUUAACCAAGAACUUUUGUACACGUUUAAGCUAUUAUUAUUAAAAGUGUUUGCAAAAUGGUCAAGAUUAUAAUAUUGCUGAAUUAUAUAAAAAGUCCUUUUCAUGUUGAGCUAACAUUUGACUUUAGCACAAAAAAGAGAUAUUUUAGAACACGUAAAAUAAUAUUUUUAGUUUUUCUCAUUUUGUUACCAAAUUUCAAACCUUACAUGGAGGUUAUUAUAGUAUAUUUGACAUCCUAUAUACCUGUGAUUAGAGAUGUGUAUAUAUAUGAGGGCUAGGCAUGCUGUGUGUCUGAGCUUUGUCUAAAUGUUAUGCAGAAGUUUGUAGAGUUCAAGGUACGUAGGUUUAAUUCAUGCAAGGUAAACAAUAAGUGCUCUCUUUUAUACAAUAUGCAUUGCAUCUGGACCUUAAACAUAUAAAAAUGGUCAGUGAAACUUCUGUGAACAUGAAGAAAUUAUUAAAAAAGGCAUUUAAAUGAAAUUUGCUAAGUUGUGAUUUUUAUGGUUGGAACCAAAGUUAUUCAAAUAGUAAAAGAAAAAGAGAAAGAAAAAGGAAAUUUCCCAUAAUAUUUUUCUGCAUCUGUUUGCUUUGACUGAGUAGGUGUUUUGUUAUUAUUGUGUAUAUGAGAUGUACUUGUAUUGUUCAUAAUAUAUAUUUUUUAUUAUGUGUAGAAAGAUUUUAAAAACCUAACUAACGUGCAGCAAUUUCCAGUGAACCUGUACUUGGAUAUCAGGUAGUGAGUCUAUUUGUGGUCACUAGCACUGUCUCCUAAACUUGUAAGAGGUCUGAAGCUAUCCUUUGAUUUUUUUGCCAGUGCUAUUAACUUAUGUAGACCUGUUUAAAAGCAAAGCAACACCAUUAUAGUUAUCCUACUGAGCCAUGGAUUCUGAGUUUCCUUUAAAAGUGAAAGCCAAGUUGGUGUAUGUAAAGGAUUUCCAUGUAGCUGUGGUGCUAGUUAUUACUGGCUACAUUAUAUGUAAGUGUUUUGUGUUCCCCAAGUGUACAAGCCUUCUGUCAAAAGUAUGUUCUAUUAUCACUCAUAUUCAAAGUUUAGGGUAUGAAAAUGCAAGCUUAGGAGAGCACUUUACCAAGCUGGUGUCCUCCACUGAAAUUGUUUGUAACGAUAGUCUUUUACAGGUUUUCAUUUGAAGAUGUUUGUGUGCUUUUAAUUGACAACUAACUUCUUGCUGCUGUAUAGUAAAAUAUUAAUAUAUUUUUUAUCAUUAAACUGCUGCAUGACUAUCAUCUUUGAGUGAAGAGAAAAAUGUUAUAAAAAGAUGCCUUAAAUACAGUACAUUUUGGUUUGGAAUUCUGUAGAAAGUAUUUUGGUAAAAAAAGAAAAAAGAAAAAAAGAGGAUCUUGGAUCUUGUCUUGACAGAGAGAGUUCUGGACAUGCAAUUGUUUCUUGGCAAAUCCAGCCAUCUAGAUCUACCUGCUGUAUGUAGAAGAAACCACCGGUAGGACUGGGAACGGUCAGUACCUUUCCCAUUGGAAAGCAUCCGCCUAGGAAGGCAGAACAGUUGUCUUUUUUGAAGGAUUUUUUUUUCCUGCUGGCUCUUUAGGUUUUGAUUUGAUAUUUUUAAGCUUUCUGGUUGUACGUGUUGAAUAACAAGCUAUUUUCAUUGUACUGUGCAUUUUCCACUGUUUGCUUUUCAUAUUCAUACAAUGUUAACUAUGAGGUGACCGUACAAUAGUUAGGGGUUUCUUUACUUACAAAAUCACUGGAAAUUAUUAAAUUGCUUUCCCCUCCCCCCAAGGUGCAUUUUUUUAUUAUUUUCAUAUAGUAAAGUUGAGCUUUUACAGUGCAUAAUGUGACAUUUGGAAUGCUUAUCAACUGCAUGUAAACAUUAAUAACCUGCACUUUUGUCUUAAGGUUUGUUGAGCUGUUUUGUUCACUGUACUUUAACUGUGAUAUGGAAAAGAUUGCAUUCUCUGUGCUGUUUCUAAUUAGGAAAGAGAAUUGCUUUGAUUUUGUCUCUUGUUUACUAUAGCUUCUUAAAGUUAAGCCUUGUGCUACGAGUUGUUGGAGUAUUCCUAGAUCAGUGUUUCGUAGUAGCCAGCAGUCAGUAGUGCAAGUCAACAAAAACACAGCAAACUUAGGCAAAGUGUCCUUUCUUUGAGAUGCAAGUUCUUUCAUUAGGUUUUCUUUAGGGUCAACUGCCUAAAGUGAAACCUUUCUUACCUAUAGACUUCAGAUUCUGCUUGGAAUCCUACUGGAUCAAGAAGCACAUGUACUGUGCUGUUGUCUUUACACUAUAACAGUUAAACACAAUCUUACUAGGACUUUGAAUCCAUUGUCUGAUUUAUGGUCAGUGGGUUUAAAAAGAAAUCCACACGCAGAUCUUUUAAGACUUAAAAAGUGGUCAUAUAGAGAAGACUGAGUGACUGUAAAGAUGCUCUUUUUGUUCAAAGCAUCUCACUUUCUCCCCAUCAACCUCCUCACCUCCCUUCCCCUUCUCCUGUUUCAUCCUCCCCUACAUUUAUUUCUCUCCCAGGUGCUCGGUACUUUACCAAGGUUCUAUAUUUCAGUGUAUUAUGUUAGAGUCUCUUCAUGUUUUUAGUUUUACUAGUGGGUAGCCCCAGUUUGUGCUGAAAAAAGAAGGGUAUAUUUGACCAUAUGUGUUGUUCAUAGAAGACAGUAUGAUCAAAUGUGCCAAAAACAAGCAAACAGAACUUAAUUCAUGACAAGUAUGCCUUAUUUUUAUUGAUCUGCUUUGUCUUACAAUUAAGGUCCAAGAGCUUGGUUAAACUAUGUUAUUUGCCUAAGUAAAAAAAGAAAACUUGAAAUGCAUUGAGCUAUUGAUGUUCUUUAAAAAUGAGAGACACUGUCAAGUAAUUUGAUCCAGAGAUCAGCCACCAGAUUUGAAGAAUAUGUGCGUAUGUGUGUGUGUGCGCGUGUGUGAGUGUGUGUGUGUGUGGUGGUAGUGGUGGUGGUAUUUGUGAGUCCCCCCCCCCUUAAAUCACCAAAUCUUAUUUUAAAGCUACCUUUUAUUUGUGCCUCCUAUUUAUCAUUCAGAUGUUAGAAGCAGCAGUCAUCCAGCCACAGGGGGAGCUAAAGUUAACUAACCAGAACUAUAGAAAUCAUCAUACAUGCCUUUGACAACAAAGGAGGUUCAUAAGAAAGCCAUGUUGGCUUUUCCUCUACUAGACACACAUUGAAGGUAGAUGAACAUUUGCCAAAUGAGAAAAAAAGACAAAGUAGUCAGGAAAGACAAACUCUUUUCCAGCUUCUCAAAAGCCAUGGAAAGUAGAAACCAAAACCAAUGAGAAAUUUAAAAAACUCUGAAAGUCUCACUUUCUAGUCCCAUGCAGGGGUUAAAAUUUGACUCAAAAUGGAAAGUCUGUCAAUUUUUGUUUUUAGGCCUUUACAUCUAAAGAUGGAUAACUAUUCCAGUUUGAUUUUUUUUUUCAGGUAAUGGAGAAAGCUGCUAGUGAUUUUAACCCCUGCCGAAAGGAGACAGAUAAUUUCAUUUGGGAGCAAAUACUUAUUGCCUUGAGAAAUAGCACUAUAAUAGCCUAUGUUAAUUAGUCGUAGAAUAACCUUUAUCCCUUUCAAGCUAUGCAAAUUAUUAAAUAAGUGUAAAUUAGAAUUCAAUUAAAGAGAGUUGAUUAUAUUGCAAUCAGAUGGUAUUCACAAACUUAACUGAAGCAUAUACAAAUAAAAUCUAUUAGUUUAAGAGUUUUUUUAAUGCUGACAUAAAUAUAAUUUAACUACCUAGUGCUGCACACUAUUAACAUUGUAUGAUAGGUCUGGGAAGACUGCCUCCUUUUUUUUGAAGAGAGAUUAAGAAUUUUUAUAAUUGUUUUUCAUCAAACUUUAAUAUUUUUGUCAAGUUUUUAGGUAUUUAAUUUGUAAAACAGUUUGCUUUGUACUGGCAUACAGAUAUUAGGGUAUUGAUUUUAAACUUUUUGAAGCCAAGUGAUCAAGUACAUUUGUAAUAAAAAUCAAUGGAUCUCUAUCAUUUGUACUCACUGUUUUUAUUUCUUGUUCUUGUCAUUGUAGGAAUUUGUACCUUUUUCUGCAGGAAAAUGGAGCUAAAUUUGGGUAGAAGGGGUGAGGAAGAUAAAUCUGUUGAGAGUAGUCUGGGUGGAUUUGGUGGCUCAAAGCAUGUCAUAGCAUCAGAGUUAGUGUGUUGGAAAAGAAGUAAUGUCAUCUUUUUUCUUCCUGAUUUUUUUUUUAAGUGGAACUUAAUGUUUGGAGAGGUUAUCUCAGUUUUGUUUCUGUACUUGAAAGUUUUGUGUUUUGGCAGUGUUGAAACUUUUUAAACACAUUUUUCUCUCAUGACAUUUUGUGUUAAUUGGCCAGCCAUGGUGACCCCACUAUGGGCAUGGGAUUAUUUUUAUCUUUACAUGACUUACCUUCUCUUCUCCAAUAUUUCCAUUAGUUUUUUUUUCAUAUUAUACACUUAUAUUUCUAGAUGAUUUUAGAAUGGGACUUCCUGAAAUGACUCGGGUAGCUUUCAUAACUCCAGUUAAUUUUAAUAUAUAAGUGUACUUUUAAUAUUUUCUUCCCCAUAAAACAGAAAAUCAUCCCCCCCUUUUUUUGUUGUUUCUUGGAUAUUAGGAUGAGAUUUUGUUUACUGUGUUAAAGAAAGCUAAGACAAGAUAUUAGGAUGAGAUUUUGUUUACUGUGUUAAAGAAAGCUAAGACAAGGGUAUCUUGAGCACUUUAGAUUCGAAAUAGUGGGUGAUAACUGAAUAUAACAUUUAUGGUUGUUACCUCUAAAUGUGAGUAUCAGUAAUUUAGAGGGAACUCAAGUUUUGUCAUGAGAAUAGACUAAGGGAAAGAUCUUUUUUUUUUUUUUUUUUUUUUUGGUUUUUCGAGACAGGGUUUCUCUGUGGUUUUGGAGCCUGUCCUGGAACUAGCUCUUGUAGACCAGGCUGGUCUCGAACUCACAGAGAUCCGCCUGCCUCUGCCUCCCGAGUGCUGGGAUUAAAGAUCUUUUUAAUUGCUUAAGCAAAUUUACCAGUUUUGUAAGUUUGUUUUAAAGUUUAUCAAAUUUUAAAACAUUGUUUUCUUCAUUGUAAGCCAAUUUAGGCCAUUCAUAGUAACAUAUUCUAUAAAACUAAAGUGAUGACUACUUAAGAUGACUAUCCAGCAGCAUUAAUAUUACCAUAGCUCUGCAGAGUUAGCAGUGCAUUUUUUUAAGAAAAGCUGACUUAAAGAUUUAUGAAGCUAUUUGAUCCUAAAACCAAACCUAAAUUUAAGGCCUAGGCCAUCCUAGCUAAGACUAGCUUCUCUGAACAGAAAUUUCAUUAUUAUGGACUACGUAAUGGUGAUCUAAACUAGCAUUAGUAGAAUUUCAAGAUUCAAGAGCAACCAGAUGAAAUAUAAGAAAUGUGGCUGGUUCUAAGUAGUUUGUCAUCUUCCAUUUACAAAAUGACUACCUGAUUUUGAUAUUAAAGGGCCUGGGCAGCUUACAUCUUCAGAAAAGUUGAAUGUGGAAAAUAGCCUCCUGGUGAUGUUUUCUUGUAAGACUUUUAUAGUUAUUCUGUAUUCAUGUUAGGUUUUACGUAUCUUUCCUUCCAUUACAUUUGGUUUCUCCUCUCUCCUUUCCUCUUUCCCUCCCUCCCUUCUGUUGUCUAGCUUUUAUGGAAAAUUGGCUUGUUGAUAGGUGUAGAAAUGUGGUGAUCUUUUAUAUAAAAUAAAACUAAUUUUUACAGACCAGAAACAUUUUAUUCUUGGAAUCAUAAUAUUGUUGUGCUUCCAUGAAUACAUACUUUUUAUUAAUAAUUUACAUAUUAAAUUUUUUAGCAUUUCAUGGGGGGAAAAUUAAACUAAUGAGUUUUAAUUUUCUUGGUUUAGGUUCCACUUUAGUAAUUCAGAAGCCCUAUAAGGUUAAAGGUCAUACUCUUGUGUUUUGCAGUUGUGGCAGUAUUCUUGCUUGGUAUAUAUUUUGGUCUAAGAUGUCUUAAUGCAAAAGGCUUCUAGGAGGAUUUAAAUAGCAGUUAAAAGUUACAAGACAGGUGAAAUCUCACUUUUGACUAGCUCAAACAGUAAUAACAAUCAGGUAAUGAUUUACACUUGUUGACAUGUCAAACUCUGCUGAAAUGGACUGAUAGUUGACAGUGCAAUUAGUUGUUGGUAGCUCUUGACCUCCUUGCAACAACAUCUGACACUUUGACUCCUUCAUUCUCUCUUCAUGAUCCCACUCGUGACACCUGAGCAUCCCUCCUUUAAGAAGAAGUGAUGACUCUUUCCUUUGAACUGGUAAUCCUGAAAGAGUUCUGUAUUUUGAGGUAACUUGGCCUUUUUUCUUUUCUGACCAUUGUUUUCCUCAUAGUCUUAACUUGGCAAUUUGAAGAGCAUCUAAAUGAGUGCUUGUUAGGAAAUCUGUGAAAUGAAGAAUGUAAGAAGCAUGUGUUUAAGUUACUGAGAACUGAGACUCACUGGUGUAUAAAUUGGAGAGCAGAAAGGGUAAAGCUGUUUGUGCAUGGAGGUGUGAGAGAAAAGAAUGAUUGGAAGUAGGAGGGAUUUUUAUUGGCAGUAGGAAGUACUAAGAUGAACUCUGGAUGACAGUUGUUGACUAAGAAAAUGAGGUUCAGCUUCACUAAGGAGGUGUCAUGUCCACUGUCAGUGAAGAGAAAACUGUCCGUCUGUUGCUAGUUGUGGUGAUGAUGAUGGAUUAUACAAAUCUGCUUUGAUGUGUAUAUAUGAUGGUUUGAGGGUUUAUAGUAUGUCUGUUCCUCUGAACAAAGUCAAGUAGCACAAUUGUGAAACGGCAGGUUUCCUGGUCAACGCAGAUUGGUGUUAGGAACUUACUAUUUUGGAAAAAAAAGAACAGUUCAACCUUUUGUUUGCCAUUUUUAAACUGCCAGUGAUAUUUAUUGUACACUCUUAUCUUGGGCUCUUGUCACAUUGUAGCUUAUGUUUGCAUUUCAAGAUUAUCUUUCUAAUCUACAAGAUCCACACCCAGAGGUUCUUAUUUUAUAGAUACUUUAGCCUUUGGUCCACAUAAUUUUUUUAGAAGACAGUAAACCAGAUAAAUCACUGAAUGGCUAUUUUAAGUAUCUUUUCUAUUUCCUUUACAUUUGUGUCCUAACAGCUAUCUAACAUUAUGGAUCGUAAACCCUUGGUAAUGCGGUUCCAGAAUUAGACAACACAUCCCCUGAAUUCGUGUUUCUGUUUGUUUUCCUACUUUAAAGUUGUUGAAUUCCUUAAAGUUAGUGUAGACAGGUGUUAAUUCUAACUUAAUAUAUCACCCAGGUUCUUGUUCUUUGUAAGGUGUGUUGACAAUGAUCAGUUAUCUGUUCUAUAAUCCCUGGAGUGUUUUAAAUUAUUUAAGGUAAAUACUUGUUUUAAAGUUACAUAGUUCAGAUUCAGAUUGACUGUAAAUUUACUAUGGGUUUAUUCCCAGUAAUUUUGACACAUUACUUUAAAGUUUUAUUUUAAUCAGAUCCCUAUACAUUCUUGCGAUAAUUUGUUUUUAAAAUAGCCAAAAGGAAGUUUUGGUCUAUACUUGGUCUUUUCUCAAGUGUCAAAUUCAUUAACAAUAGCAGGAUUAUUUUUACAUAGCUUAUUUUGCAGAGUUGACACUUAGUAUAAUUUUCACAUUUUAUUGUGUGUCAGAUUUUAAAUUAUAGCUAACAUACUAUAGUUUAAGUCUGUGCAGAGCCUUCUUAAAUAGCUCCUCCCUUAGGAAUUGUUUAAAAGAAGUAAAGAACUAGUGCUUUAAAUGACUGAGACAAGUCUGAAAGGUUUCCUUGAGUCUAGGCAAUGGAGAUAAACGAUAGCCCAUUUCUAUGCUGCAUACAGUUUUUAGGGUUUGAUAAUAAUGUAGAAAAGUGCAAAAGCAGAAAAGACUGUAAAGUGGCCUGUAAAUUUAUAGUUUUCAUUAUUGCACUAUUUAUCUUUGCACUUGAUUUUUUGGAAGUUAAAGACUAGUCACUUUCACUUUUGUUUCUAGUCUUUCUUAAUUUCUUGCAAGAAUUAUUUCAAUAUUAUCCCACCCAAAGUUAAACUCAUAUGCAAUUACAUAUGCUUUAUAAGGCCAAGAAAAUAUUUAUUAAUGUUAACUAUGUAACAGUAAAAUUUGUUUUUAUAAAAUUUUUAAUAUGGAUCUUUAUUUGCCAAUAAAAUUCUUUAUAAAUGUGAGCUUUAUUAAACUGUUUAAGAAAAUUAAAAGCUUAGGAUAGGAAAUAUGUCUAUGUAUAUGAAAUUGUGUCUUUGAGAUCCCACAUCCAGCCAGGUAUGGCCUGGCUUUGGAGUGUUGGUAUGUUUCAUUUAGCAAAUGAUAUGAGUCUUACUGGGCACAUGCUUAAGAAACUGGAAGUAAAGUAGACGGCAGUUCCCUUUUCUGUGUAGCUUUCCAUAAAGUUCAUAUAGUUCCUUCGUGGUUUGUGUCACAUAACUGGUAUUACGUGAAAUGACCGUUCCUUUUGAGAAUUUAAGAUUGACUCACUUUUUGAGGGAUGGGUCCAGCAAAGGAUGUGAGACUUUGAUUUAACCAGAGGCAGUCUUAGCUUCCUUGAUGUGCCUGCAUAGAGAGCAAGCAGUGUACCUGUGAAUGUGUGAUGCUGUAUUCAGAGCUGCAAAAAAAAAAAAAAAAAAGAAAUUGAAUUUUCUCAAUGGAACAGAGAGAUAUAUUUUUGGCUGGAAUUGUUUUUAUAAGUUACUUAAUGAUCUCAUUUUCUAUUUCUUUCCCUGUAGCUUUUUACACAUCUCACAUUUAAAACCAGCAAGUAAGAGGCCUCUUUUCAGAUCUGGAUAUUCUGAAUGUGUUCUGGAUGGGGGUGUUGAUCGUGACAUGUUCUUCCCAUGUUCUUCUGGUCAUUGUGUUUCACAGUGUUUGCAAAUUCUGUUGAAAAUUGAGUGAUGUUUUUGAAAUGAGAAUGUUGUCUACAACAUGGUGUGGAUGCUUGUGGCUAGAUUCUAUGGAGGAGCCUGUAGCUUUGUUUUUAAUUUAAGUAGAAAGUUUUAGCAUAGUCCAGGUUUUAGGGUUAUGUACAGGAAUUGAGCCAGGUUGUCUACAUGUGGACCAAUUUUGGAAUGAAAGUUAGUGAAUAUGAAUUUGACUCUAGAUAAUUCUGUACACGAAACCGCAAGUUAAAGGCUCAUAUCAUUAGAGUUCCCUACGUUUGAUGGCCUUAGCUCUUUAAAUGUGGGUGACAUUUAUCAUUGUAUCUGUGAAUUUCCUUAGGAAAAGAAAAGAUUCAGUCUUUAUACCUUUUCUUGGAGGCUAAAUUUACUGCAUAUGGAAGUGAGAAAAUUGUAGCAAGUGGCUUUAUUUUUUUAGUGGAGGUUAACCAGCUUAAUUUCUUUUCCUACUUUGAAGCACUUGUUUCCCAAAUAUGAGUAAAGGGAAAGGAGCAGCCCCCCAGGCCAUUGUUGUCUGCCUCCAUUUCCUAAUCCUGUUAUACAGUGAAUUACGGGUAUCCCUCUAAGUCCCUGUAACGCUUUGGGGGGGGUCACAGAUACCUUUGAAAAUCUGAUGAAAGUGAUGGACCUUUGCCCCAGAAGAAAGGUGCACAUUAUACAGAUAAUUUUACUACAACCUUAGAAUCAUCACUUAUCUUCUGAAACCCAAGUUAUGAAUUUUUGCUCUUUGCAGACUGUACACAAAAUUUUAAUGCAAAGUAAUUGAUAAAAUUUAGAGCUAUUGGCUUAAAACAUUUCGGAUUGGAAUUAUUACAUGGUGGCCCCUACUAGCGAAAUGUGAUAUUGCAAAUAGCUUUGUUAGACUUUAUAACAUCCAGAUAGAAGGGAAAGAGAAGUAAAGUUAUGAGAGCUGUGUAUGAGGAGUCAGGUUAUCUCCAGAUAUGGGAGCCAUUCCUGGUUCAAGGUAGGGCUCCGGAUGCCUGACAAUGUUAGCAGGGUAGAGUUUGAUAAACCACAAUGCUCAGGAUGCCAAGGGGUUAGCCAUUAUCUUAACCCCUUCCUCACCAAAAGAUUUUAGUUUUGUCUGUUGGGAAAAAAGAUGGCACUAGGAAAAAAUAAGUUGCCUUACAACUUUGCUGGAACACAUCAGUUUGGUGAAGUAUGGGACACUAGUAUUAUUUUUGAGAAGGUGCAUAAAACCAAAGUAAAUUAUUCUCUAUGUAGAACAUUAUUUACUAGUAACAUUUGUUUGGGUGUAUUAGCUUUGACAAUUUUUACCAGUAAAUAUUGACUUUAUUUAAAACUGGGAGUCCAGUUUACAUAUAGGAUAGUUGAUAUAUCCAUCUUUUCCCCAUGUAAAGAGUAGUCUAAAAGAUUUAUGCAUACUUUUUACUUUUCUCUCUUGAUACCACGGGGUGGGAGGUAGGGGUGGGGGAGGACUUUCAACACCUGACAAAUGUCUUCAAAUUUAAAAAUCAAGAAGCAGCACUUUAAGUCUAACUCCACGCCAUUUUAGUGCAUGUAUUAGUUUAAUAAUGAUUUUUGGUGCAUGCCUUUGGGCUUAUUCAAAAGUGUACAAUAGAAAAGUGUAUUUCCUUUCUUAGAAAGGAGAUGUUUUUCUACUUUGCAACAUGUGAUUACAAAAAUCUUCCUCUGUGGGAAGAUUAACUAUGUAUUGAACUACUGAAAAGUAUAUAUUUUUAGAUAUACAGAAGGAAUCUACACGGGGCAGCAUUCAGACCUAUAUAGAAGUCAUAGCAUUCUGUAUAGGACCAAAAGGAAGUAACAUUAAACACUUAAACAGACUUUGUUGGGUAGAAAUACCUUUCAAUCUUGCAUUGACUUCAAAAAAGAAAAUGCCGCAGAAGUUUGCUUAAACUUUUGUUUGAAUUUUCUCUGUCAGUGUAUUUAGCCCAAAUGCAGCAGCUUUGGGUUAGCACAAUGUAAGAAUCAAAACACAAACUAAAUAGUUCAGUCUGGUUUGCCAAUCCAGCUUGACUGAAAUAAGUAACCAAUCACUUGCAAACUGAAAAACUGUCCAGCUUCUCUGAGGUUUUGACAAAAUAACCUUGGCUGAUGUGGGAACACUCCUACUUUGAAUUCUGACCUGACAGUGAGGAUUCAUGCUUGACAUGAUUUCAAACCUGACAGUGUCUGUUUAAGGAGCCAUGGUACAGUUUGCUAAUUCAAUCCCAGUACCUGUUGAUUACCUGUAAGAUCUAGAGUCCAAAGUAGCCAGCAGCCGUAUCCCUGAGUGCUCUGUGCCCAUCAGAUAUUGUGAAGUAAGCAGAGUUGGGACGGGUCACAGCUCUGAGGUUUGACCUCGGGUUGUAGACAGCCCCAGAUUCAAGAAUUGUAUCUGCUUCCUUGGGAGUCAUCACUGAAAUAAUGUCCCACACUGCGUUACUUACUGUAGAUGCUCUCCAGGAGGAGGCCCAGAGCACACGUCCUAAUUGUGGUACUCAGAGAGGGGGUGCUAACUCUGAUGCCCUGGCCAAAUUCCAGUUUAGGGAUGUGGGUCUUCUUGUCAUUCUGAUUGGAAAUGUACAUCACUUCCCAUUUUUCCUAUUGCUCUCGGUGCAAACUACACAAAUCUGUUCCUUUGCCCCAAUCCCAAGUCUCUAAGAUACUGACUGGUAUUGUAUGGGCCAAGUUCAUGCCUUAUCUUAAUGCACAAGAGUUGAAAUGAGUGAGCUUGACAUCAUCAGAUGCCCUGUACUUGGAGGGUAGACUCUUGUGACGCUUGGGGAUGAAACCAGCCCUCUUUUAGCAUAUGUUAGAAGAUAUGCACUGGUUGAAAGCUUCCAGCCAUAAGGUAUGAGCUGAAACCAGUCUUCCCUCUUUUCUUAUAGCAUGAUGAGAACGUCUGUUGGGUUUUCAGCAGUUGGGGAAGGCCGGAGUUCUGCAGCUUUAAUCUGGGUAACUAGCUGGUUUGAGCAAGACUUUGGUAAAUUAACUGGGUUCUCAGAUGCCACAGACUCCGUGAGAAGUCACCAUUAUUUUCAAUGGCCAUGAUAGAGUCCCCUGUAGCCGUUACUUUAAGAUACAUGCAGAGUUGCUUUAUUUUGAGCUUUUUGUGUACACACAAUCCCAAACUGGAAAAACUUUAAAAAGAAUCCUGCUGUGAAAGGUAUAUAUUACUCUAGAUUUUUCUUACUGUAAAUAUUGUAAGAUUGUAAUACUGUCGAUAUUUUAUUAACCAACAAAUGUUAAUCUAUGUGAAAUCAGACUUAUUUUCAAUGUGCUUCUUAUUUACUGUGUGUGGUCCCUGUUGCUGACAGUAUUAAGUUAUAUUCUGAUGUAAGAUUAACUUUAUUAAAGAAUGUAAACAUUAAUGUUUCCUUAUGGGAAAACAAAUAAAGUAUAAAGAAGACAAUUCUUUUCAUUGAAAUAUACUGUGUAUUUACACUUGCUAGACCCAGCACCACUUAUAAACUUAGUCCACUGUCCAGUUUCAGUUAACACAGCUGACACGGUUGUGCUCCGCCUGAAAGUCUAAGCCUUGCUGUUGUUGGAAUAUAAAGAGUUUGUAUUUGUCUGCUGUGAAUCAUCUUGAAAUUUCUAAUCAAGUUUGUAAAAUUUUUAUAGUAAAAAUUUUAAUGACAAUUUAAAAAAUUACCUUCUCUAAAGGAUGGUCAAAACAAUGUCCUUUCAGAAAUAGAGUUGUUCUUUACUAUCUUUCCAAAAUGACUUUGGUUAAAUGGACCAGGUGUAUAUUAGUUAAAACCUAGGGCUAAGUUCUUGAUAUUCUUUGAGUUUACACGUUAAUCCUUAUUGGAGUUGUGCCAAUAUACAAUAGAAUAUCAUUAAUUUGCACUGUUUGGGGACCCCAUUUAAGAAUGCUGAAUUUUGCCAACUAAAAAGUAAGCAAAUGCAAUUUUAAAAGUAAAUUUGAGCAUUCUGUGUUAAAUAUGUGCAGUUAUUACCAUAUGAAGAAGCGCAGUGUGUUGGGCUGUAAUAUAACCAUAUUUGCUGUCAUGUUCUCCCAAAUCAGCCGGCUUGAGUCUGUUCACUACCAAAGCUGAAGCUAGCGAGGUCUGCUGUACUGCUUAGUGAAGUAUUGUGAUUCUUUUAGGCCUUGGUUCUUACAAAAUAUAUACUGUAACAGUAUACUUUGUACAGAUUUAAAUUUUAUUUGAAAAAAAUGAAAUAAAGUAGGCAAAAAAUAAAGAUGUUUAUUUUUCAUGUGA